UAGCUUGCUCCUCCGGUGGUGUUUUGGUCCAGUUGGCGCUGCUCCUCACUCGCCAAAAUGACAGCGAGGAAAUCUGGUUCACGACUGGAGAUAGAGAUAGAGCGAUGCCGCUCGGAGGCCCAGUGGGACAAGAUUCCAGAGUUGGUGCGACAGCUCUCGGCUAAGCUGAUAUCAAACGAUGACCUGGGGGAGCUGCUGUUGGGUGAAUGUAAGCUGCAGACAUACCUGAAGGAGAAUCCCAUCAAGCAAGGUACGAGUCCCAGGGUCCAACGGCCAAAACUGCUGGAGGUCAGGAAGCAUCUCACUGCUGCUCUGGACAGAGGAAACCUGAAGCCGGAUUACAUCCAGGAAGCUAGCCUGUUAAUGGCCAAACUGUGCUAUGUGGAGGGAGAAUACAAAGAUGCUUUAGGGUACUACAGCAAGGUGAACCUGGACGACAUGCAGCUGGCUGGAGCUCCUGUGUACAGGCUGUCUAUGAUAGCAGAGUCUUAUGCGACUAAAGGUUUGUGCCUAGAGAAAGUCCCAGCUGCUUCGCCGUCUCUAUCCAAUAAGAACGCCGGGUCUCCGGCGUCCAACAGGAGCAUGACCGAACGGGAUCAGGAGAUCAUCACCUGCUACGAAAAGUCUGGAGACAUUGCUUUGCUCUAUCUGCAGGAGGCCGAGAAGGCGUUGUCAGCAGGGAUUCAGAACCGCAGUCCAAAGCCUGGCCCGACAGCUCAGGACCAGGAGCUGGGCUACUUCCUAGAGACGGGCCUUCAGAGAGCCCAUGUCAUCCACUUCAAGAAUGGCAACCUGACACAAGGUGUGGGCAGGUUUCGAGAGAUACUUCGGGCUAUUGAGACCAGAACCACCCAGAACCUACGAAUGACCAUAGCCAGACAGCUUGCAGAGAUCUUGCUCAGAGGAAUGUGCGAACAGAGUUACUGGUCUCCUCUUGAAGACCCACCCGUUGUGUCGCCCCUGGACGAUCCGACACGCCAAGGACACACUCAUAGCAAGAGCUACAGCCUAAGCCGACGCCCACGAGUGUACUCAGGAGAGAAUCUGUUUUGCCCUCAGGAGAACACAGAAGAAGCAUUGCUGCUGCUGCUCAUCAGUGAAUCCAUGGCCAACCGUGAUGCCGUCCUGAGCAGAAUUCCUGAACACAACAACGAUCGGAUCAUCAGUCUGCAGUCGGCCUCGGUGGUGUAUGACCUGCUGACUAUAGCUUUGGGCAGGAGAGGGCAGUAUGAGAUGCUGUCAGAGUGUUUGGAGAGAGCCAUGAAGUUCGCCUUUGAGGAGUUCCACUUGUGGUAUCAGCUCGCCUUGUCGCUGAUGGCAGCAGGCAAAUCAGCUCGUGCCGUUAAGGUUCUCAAGGAGUGUAUCCGCCUGAAGCCCAAUGACCCCACCAUCCCGCUGCUGGCUGUAAAGCUGUGCAUUGGACCUCUCCACUGGCUGGAUGAAGGAGAGUGCUUUGCAAAGACGGUGAUUGACAUGGGAGAGAAAGCAGCUGAAUUCAGAGCCAAAGGCUACUUGGCUAUAGGUUUGGUUUAUAGCCUCAAAGCCACUGAUGCGUCAUUGCGGAGCACACAGGAGGAAUACCAGAGGAAAGCUUUGGGAGCCUUCCAGAGAGCUCAGAGUCUGUCUCCAACUGACCAUUUGGCAGCCUUCUACUUGGCGCUGCAGCUUGCCGUGUCCAGACAGAUCCCCGAGGCGCUAGGCUAUGUUCGACAGGCGCUGCAGCUUCAAGGAGAUGACGUCCACUCCCUUCACCUGCUGGCCCUGCUUCUCUCUGCCCAGAAACACUACCACGAUGCUCUCAAUAUCAUAGAGAUGGCUCUCUCAGAGUACCCUGAAAACUUCAAUCUGUUGUAUACCAAGGUGAAGCUGGAGGCUAUGUGUAGAGGACCCGAAGAAGCUCUGCUCACCUGUAAACACAUGCUGCAGAUCUGGAAGAGCUUUUACAACCUUACCAACCCCAGUGAUUCGGGGCGUGGCAGUAGUCUGUUGGAUAGAGCCAUAGCAGACAGGCGACAGCUCAACGCUAUGACUCUGCCUGACUUCAGUGACCCUGAGACUGUCUCAGGUUCUUCCUCUUCGCUCUCUGGUUUCGAACCAGUCUCCCCCACCUCCCCCUCCACCAUGUCCAGCGUCUCCUCCCCGCUGUCUUCCCCUUCUUCCCCUGUCUUCAUCUUCCAGCCUCCCCGUACUCCUCUGCCUCCACUCCGAAAACCAUCUUUCCGCUCUCCUCUUCCUUCCCUUCCCCUUGCCCUUCCUCCUCCUCCUCCUCCUCCUCCACCUCCACGCACAAAGACCAGGACUCACUCCUUUUGCAACCACGCCAUAGUCCGCCAGCUGUCCUCCAACUGCGGCCUUCAGGACGCUAACACUCUUGGUUUUUCCUCCAUGUUUUCUGUUUGUUCGGUGCACGCUACCUCCAUAGCAGCCAGCCGUGUGGAGCAGGCUCUAUCUGAAGUCGCCUCCUCCCUGCAGAGCAGUGCCCCCAAACAUGGACCCCUGCACCCCUGGAUGACCCUGGCUCAGAUCUGGCUCCAUGCAGCUGAGGUGUACAUCGGCAUGUCAAAGCCCGCUGAGGCCACGGCGUGCACGCAGGAAGCCGCCAACCUCUUCCCCACGUCCCACAACGUCCUCUACAUGAGGGGGCAGAUAGCCGAGCUGAGGGGCAACAUAGACGAAGCCAAGCGCUGGUACGAGGAGGCCCUGUCCAUCAACCCGACUCAUGUCAAGACCAUGCAGAGACUGGGUCUGAUCCUGCACCAGCUGCAGCGUUACAGUCUGUCAGAAAAGGUGCUGAGAGACGCCGUGCAGGUGAACAGCACGGCUCACGACGUGUGGAACAGUCUUGGCGAGGUGUUGCAGGCUCAGGGAAACACCGCUGCCGCCACUGAGUGUUUUCUCACCGCCUUGGAGCUGGAAGCCAGCAGCCCCAUCCUGCCCUUCACCAUCAUUCCCAGAGCGCUAUGAGAAAAACACACACACAGAGCAUGCCUGCAUGCCACUUCACAAACAUACACACACACACACACACAAACACACACACACACACACACACAGACCUGUGAAAAGGUGUACUGCCAAACCCUCACACACACAUAAACUCAGAGUGUAUAUAGAAAUGCAAAUAGUACAAAUAAACAGGCUUCCCUCUGUCUACCCGUGCUUCCCACAAUGCCUUUCUUGUGGCCAUGUCCCACGUCUACGUGAGUGUGCGUGUCUCCUUCCCGCUCUGCGUGUUGUCUCGUUCGUCAGAUUCGUUUCAAGUCAUUACUCUCAGAAUCCUGAAAGUUGUGUUUACAUGUUGUUUAGUCCAAAUACACACACAUACACUCUGAGCAAUUUUAACAUAAAUGGAUUAGAUUUCCUUUAAAAGCCAAAUAUGCAUUUACUCGGUACUGUUCACAUCGAUGCAGCAGAAAACAAUCUUUCAAAGGUGGAUGCAAGCGCCAAAAUCUGUCCGUCCCAUUCCCUUCCUGUUUUUUUUGUUUGUUUGUUUGUUUGUUUUCUUAUGCUGAUUUACUGAGUUCAGCAAGGUCAAAGAGCACCAUACAAUUUAGAGCCUCCAGUGGAACCUGUUUUCAGUGGGUUCAUGUCUUCAUUUUUAAUCCCUCUCCAGAAUUGAAGCUGAAACCUUGUUUUUCUACAGUCGACUUUGAGCAUCAUGGGAUAUAUCGUAGUUUAACAUCUGUGACAGAAACGAGCACUGCUGCCCUGCAUCUGUUCUGCUUUCUGAUAAUUCUUUAGAUAAAACUCUGUGUAGUCUCUGUGUUCUGCCCUCACCUGGUUUAGUCACUGAUAAAUAUUGCUGUAUGUAUAUGCUUGUUUGUUUGUUUUUUUUAACACUACAAAAACUCAAUCCCAUUUUAUAUGCACACACAAACACUAUAGAUCAGCAGCAGAUCGAGCUGGGGGUCGAACCACUGAUGAGUAUUGCCUUCACUGUACUGUAGCCCUGCACCUGUGUUAGCAUUGUUAAAAUUUGAAGACAGGAACCCACUGUAGUAAAUUCAGACUUCUGAGUGGUCAAUCGUGUUUGACUCGACACUAAGAUCAUUUUCCAAAAGUAUCUGUGCCACUUUUUGGUGCUUGUAUCCACUCAGGAAAGAUGCUUGUGUAAUGUUAUCUGCUGCACUGCAUGGAGGGGGAUCGUUGUUACUGUAUACCUGGCUCAGGAUCAGCCAGGUCUUUAAGGUAUCCAGCGGAGCAUCGACGGACUUUCACUGAGAAAUAAAUCGGUGUAAAUGCCAAACCUCGGGUUGCUUUCGCCCUCAGGGGAAAUCUGAUUUCCUGCAGCUGAUCUUAAAGUGUUUUUGUGAAGUUUUUAAGUGAAAAAAAUCGAAGUGCCACCUGGAGGUACUCAACCAGCAACAACGUAUAAUCUGUGGAAAACUGUUGGAAUCUGUGUCACAUCUUUCCUCCAGAAAUCAGAUUUCCUUGUUGAGCGCAAAUGCACCCGCAGUGAUUGUGUCGUCUUUGCGUCCCAUCACCAGAUUAAUAUUUUUAUUUUGUUUUUGAUUAUAAAUACAAAGAAUUGUUGCUGUAUAUUUGAUUGUUCCACAAGUUUAUUAUUAUUAUUAUUAUUUUAGAGAGUAAAUUAUAACUAUUUUCUGGAGAAUGAUGUUGCUGAGAGAGAGCGAGGUAUGAAAGGACGUCCUCCUGAGCUCAGGCAGUGAGUCCUUUGUGCUGUAAAUGAAUGAUUAUGAAGACCAAGAUAAUAAAAGUGGAUAAAAAGAAGACGUCUGAUGCUCUCUGGUUCUCUUGCUUUGGUAAACCUGUGUGUGUGGUACUCCUCCUGGCAGCGACCUUGGGGUCGGCGGUGUGUGUUACUUUCUCAGGUGUGUGUCUGUCAGCAAAUCGCCGCGUGCUCCUUUGUGUGGUUUUUAUCAGAGGAUUACAGCGCUGACAGGUUUUGUCCUGGAGUGUCAGGAAGCCCCUGCUCAUUCUCUCCCGCCCGCCCAGUCCUGAGGUCUCUGCUGGACUCUCAGGUGUCACUAGAGGUUAAUCUCUCAUAAAGGUCAUCACCAGGGUCCAGGUGUAAACGUUUGCACAAUUCCUGCAGUUACUGCCACAGUUACUUGGUUACCAUGUAAAUGCUCACUGGGGUUUCUUAUUAUUGGCUAGUGCACAAAAUGAAGCUGGUUGUAAUUUGUUUAAAUAGUCCAAAAAUGAAACUGCAGUCCCUCUAAUGGCCACCUGAGGCUGGCUCCAAAGACACAUUGUAAACCAUGUGGAGCAAUUGAUAAAAACACAACAAACUUCACACUCACAUUUAGUCUGCUAUAAUCUUAUCAUGUUUAGUCGACUAAAACUGAAAGAAUUUAGAUGCCUAAAUUAUAACUAAAACUAAAUUAAAACCCCCUGGCAACCACAGGUCACUAAGAAAAAAUGUGUACUCUUCGACCAGCUGCCAAGUGGUUGCUGGCGGUUGCUAGGCGGCCACAGUCACCUGCAGUCUGCAUGAGUGAUGCAAACUUGUCUGCAAACACCACUGCAGCAAUCAUAUUUCUAAAGGAAGGGCGUUUACUUUGAAGGCGAAUGAUCUUUUUCCAAGGUUUGCUGCCACUCAGAGAUUAGUUGGCAAGUGUUUGGAGGUAAAGUUAAGCCAAUCUACUAGCAACCAAAGCAAUCAUAAGGAAAUAAGCUAGCAGCCAAUCCCCAACCAGUCAGGGGAAUACACAUUUUUCCCUAGUGACCAGAGGUUGCCAGGAAGUUGUCAAGCGGUUUGACUCACUUCUGUAGUCAGCCUCUAGUGGCCACUAGAAGAAGUUCAGUUGAUGGAAGUUGCCGCAGCUAGUCUGAGGCUUUAGGAAGGGCUGAAGUAAUGAUGCUGAAACUCUGCACAAGAUGGGAAGUGAAAUGUGAUGCUUUUUAUUUUUUGCAUGCAGCUGUGAACAAAUAAAAACAUGAUUCUGUU